ACGUGUUACGCGUUGAGUCUGAGUGACGCACCCCCAUCUGAUUAGGRAGUGUAAUGCAUUUUUGGGAACAAAUAUUUAUAUUUAAAGCGCCCCUGAUGCGGUAGUUGACACUUCAUUGGUUGUAUGUGAGAUUGAAAGUGCAGUUUUCUUUUUAAAAGGGAUCAAGAACACGUUCACCUGCUCUAAAAGAUGGCUUCGUCUGAUGGAAACAAAAACACGAACACGGAACCAUGGGGCGGUUUUGAGGACAACAUUAUCCAGGGCACUGGGUCAGCAGUGAUUGACAUGGAAAACAUGGAUGACACAUCAGGCUCCAGCUUUGAGGACAUGGGGGAGAUGCACCAGCGCAUGAAGGAGGAGGAAGAGGUGGCAGAGGAGGCUGAAGCAACUGAAGAGGAGACUGGAGAGGAUGGCGAGUUUCUGGGCAUGAAGGGUAUCAAGGGCCAGCUGAGGAGACAGGUGGCAGAUGAGGUGUGGCAAGCAGGAAAGCGGCAGGCUUCCAAGGCUUUCAACCUAUAUGCCAACAUAGACAUUCUCCGGCCGUACUUUGAUGUGGAGCCUAUGCAAGUUAGGAACAGGUUGAUUGAAUCAAUGAUACCCAUCCGCAUGAUCAAUUUUCCACAGAAGAUUGCUGGGGAGCUGUAUGGGCCAAUGAUGCUGGUGUUCACGCUGGUGGCCAUCCUCCUGCACGGAAUGAAGACAUCAGGAACCGUUAUUAGAGAGGGUACUCUGAUGGGAACAGCCAUAGGGACAUGCUUUGGUUACUGGCUGGGAGUUUCCUCCUUCAUCUAUUUCCUGGCGUACCUAUGCAAUGCCCAGAUCACCAUGCUCCAGAUGCUGUCUCUGCUGGGUUAUGGUCUUUUCGGGCACUGCGUGGUUCUCUUCGUCACCUACAACGUCCACUUCCACUCCCUGUUCUACAUCCUGUGGCUGGUCGUAGGAGGGCUCUCCACACUGCGGAUNAUUAGAUAG